AUGAGUACAAUUACAUUUACUAAACAUUUAUCAUCACAAUCGCUUCUAUCAGCUAAUCAACAAUCAAUUAAAAAACGACUUCAUUCUGAAGAAUCGAAUUUAUUAAGACCGAAAAAAAUCAAACGUUCUAUUGAUGUAACAUUACAUUGGAAAAAACUUCAGACAAUCUAUGAAUCAAAUACAACAAAAGUAUUUGAAUGUAAAUCAAAAAAUGAUUAUUUAAUUAUCAGUGAUCCACUUGGUAAUCGAUCAUGUUUUAUUGUGUCGAAAUCAAGUUAUUAUUGGCUUACAGAAUCAAUACGUCUUAUGCAACAACAUGUUGAAUAUGGAACAAUAUUUGAUGCAGCUAUGAUAGGAGAAGUUAUUGAAAUUGAACGAAAUCUUAAAGCUUUAAAAUUAAAUAUUGAAAAAAAUGGAAUUGAAAAAACAUUUUUCUUUCGUGCUGAAGCUCUUCUAAAUUUUAUUCGUUUAUGUUGUACUAUUUUUGAAAAUCCAUCAGAAAAAUAUCGACGACGUUUACAUGCAUUAUUUAAUUUAUGUGCAAAUUGUUGGUUGCAUAUGUUUGAUAUAAUGUUACCAAUGUCAAUUGUACGUGCAGAGAAAAGUUUUAUAUUUGAUGAUGAUUAUGGAGAUUUUGAAAAUGAUUCUAUACUUCGACAUUUUCGUAAAGAUGAUCAAAAGAAAAUUAAAAAAGUGAAUAUUGAUUUACCAAAUAUACGACAUAUACUCUAUUCAAUUCUUUUACUUGUUGAAAAAUUUAAUGAAAUUCAAUUAAUUGAUCAAAUUUAUGUUGAACGAUUUGAAAUGAUUUAUCAAAUUUGGAUUUUAAUAGAUAAUGAAAUAAAUUUACGUGAAGAUAAUCAUAUGACAAACAUUUCAAAGAAAAUUAUUAAAAAUAAAAGUGAAAAUUCAACACAAAAACUUCCAUGGAAUUUUAUUAAUGAAUGUAGUAAAUAUGAAAAAAUAUUUGGAACAUUUACUAAUAAUAUGAAAUGA